AGUUCGUUUAUUCAUUACAUGGUUAUAAAUGUUUAGUGAUACAUAUGUAUGGUAGUAAAUUUGACAUGAACGUUGUGUAUUAAUUGAUAAUAUUGUUUAAUGUGUAAGAAGAAUAAUUGAAUUCAACAAAAAUGAAAUCAUGUGAAAUAUUAUAGUAUAAUAUUAUGUGAGGUGAUCCGUUUAAGUGUCUAGAGGUCUACACUCGUAAUUUUGAAAAGUUUUAACUGUUGCUUUUAAACUUUGAAUUGUGUCAUUGCAAGACGAUAUUUUUUAAAACUGUUAUUGUCAUAAUUUUUUUGAGUUUUUAAUUUAUAAUUCUAAACACACAAUUUUAUAGAGUGAGUACUGCGAUACAUACAAAUCGAAUUUCAAACAAGGUGACAUUUUACCUUGAAUGACUUACAGAUCAAUUCAUAUACGCACGAGUUCACACUACGACAGACAUGGAGGUAUCGGCGUUUUUAGUAUUCACCACGUGGCUCAUUUCUAUUCAGCAGUGUCUGGCAUUAAAUUUAAACGCACUGUCGUACCUUGGUGAACGUUACCGUACAAAUCUUAUACAAUUUCGAGAAGACCCGUUGUUCGGUAAUCGGCCGAUACUCGACGAAUACGACUUUAUCGUGGUCGGAUCGGGGGCGUCGGGUGCUACGGUUGCCAGGAGGCUAGCCGAAGUACCGGAAUGGAAAAUAUUACUGCUGGAGGCGGGCAGACAAGAAUCGUUGGCCACUUCAGUUCCGGCCAUAGCCCAUUAUUUUCAAUUUACAGACUUCAACUGGGCUUUCAAAACCGAAGAGGAACCGAACGCCUGUCAAGGCGUCGUCAACAAAAGAUGUCUAUGGCCACAAGGUAAAGGUCUCGGUGGCAGUACGAUCAUCAACAACAACAUAUACACCAGAGGCAACGUAAGAGACUUCGACCGUUGGGCUGAAGCGGGAAAUCCCGGCUGGUCAUACCGGGACGUUUUACCGUAUUUUUUGAAAAACGAAGACGUGUCUAUUCCGGAAUUAAAACGAUCUCCGUACCACGGUGUGGGUGGACCAAUGUCAAUAAGUUAUUCACCGUUCAAAUCGAAACUGGUUGAUGCGUUUCUUGAAUCCGCGCCACAAGUUGGUUUAAACGUGGUGGACUACAACGACCCAAAUAGCCACGUCGGCUUUUCAAGAAUCCAAGGUACGAUCAACUUUGGAAGACGGGUCACAUCGGCCAAAGCGUAUCUUCGUGGGAACCUGACGAACUUGCACAUCGUCGACGGAGCUUUCGUCACAAAAAUACUGAUCGAUCCAAACACUAAGGUCACGCUGGGCGUGGAAUUCGAAAAGAAUAACAGGAGACGAAGAGCCCGAGCCAGAAAAGAAGUUAUCUUGUCGGCGGGCGCUUUCAACACACCAAAAUUAUUAAUGUUGUCGGGCAUCGGGCCUAAGGAACAUCUCGAACCACUGGGAAUAAACACUAUAAGCGACCUGCGCGUUGGUGACAACUUGCAGGAGCAUCCUUCAUACGCGAAUUUGGCGUUUACCGUCAAUCAGACAGUGGGAUUAAUACCCGAACGUUUGUACAAGCAAGGGAUACGCGAGCUUUUCAAUUUCAACGACGGUACUGGUUGGCUCACGACCAUGGGCUGCGAAGGACUCGGAUACGUGAAAACAAAAUACAACAAGGAUCCCGGCGACGUACCAGACAUCGAAUACAUUUUCGUUCCGAUGUCUCUGGCCGGCGAAGAAGGAUUGGGAAACAGCCUGUUGAGAAGAAGCAUGGGAAUACCGGACAGUACACAUUAUGAUUUGCACAGAGGCAUAUUCAACAAGGACGGAUGGUCGAUAUGGACUAUGCUCAUGUACCCAGAGAGCACAGGACAAGUCAGAUUAAGGAACGCCAACCCUUAUUCGAAACCAUUGAUAAGAGCUAACUUUUUCGACGCCCCCGUCGACGUGCUGCGUAUAGUGGAAGGAAUAAAAAUGGUCAUAGAACUCAACAAGACACCGGCUUUCCAAAAAUUGGGCUCCACCAUGAGUCUGCGAACGAUGCCAGGAUGUAGACACCUGACUUACGGAUCGGACGCAUACUGGGAAUGUUGUGUAAAAAGACUGACCAUGCAGAUGCACCAUCAGUGCUGUACCGCGAAGAUGGGACCGUCGGUCGACCGAAACGCUGUGGUCAACCCACAACUCAUGGUUUACGGUGUCUCUAAGCUAAGGGUCAUCGACUGUUCGAUCAUGCCUUCGAUUACUGGAGCUCACACUGUAGCACCAGCAUAUAUGAUCGGAGAGAAAGGAGCUGAUUUGGUCAAAUCGACUUGGCUGAGACCGAUUAGUUAAAAUUUUGAAUGCGAUAAGUAUUAUGCGUAUAGUUUGUAACUAAAUAAAAAGACUUAAACUAGUUAUAGGUUAGUUAUGUUGAAAUCGAUUGUAUAAAGUUAUAAUUAUUAGUGUAUGAUAUCAUUGUCUGCGAUUUGAGUCAAUUUCCAUUGUUCGUUUGAUUAAUAAUGUAGAAAGCUCAGUUAACGAAACUUGAAA